GUAAUCUUGGACAUGUACAAAUCUGGGAUCAGUUUUAAACCUGGAAAGCUCCUGCCUGAAAGACCUGGACCUCAGUAACAAUGACCUGCAGGAUUCAGGAGUGGAGCUGCUGUCUGCAGGACUAAAGAGUUCACACUGUAAACUGCAGAUUCUCAGAUUAUCUGGUUGUAUGGUAACAGAGAAAGGCUGUUCUUCUUUGGCUGCAGCUCUGAGUUCAAAUCCCUCCCACCUGAAGAAACUGGAUCUGACCUUCAACCACCCAGGAGAGUCAGGACAACAGCUGUUCUCUGCUGGACUAGAAAAGCCAGGCUACAGAAUUGAAUCUGGAGGGGCAAUCAGAACAAAACCAGGACUAAAGAAAUACGGCUGUGAUUUCACACUGGAUCCAAACACAGCGCACUGUAAUCUCUCUCUGAGUGAGGAGAACAGAACGGUGGUGAGGGGAGAGGAGCUGCAGGCGUAUCCUGAUCAUCCAGAGAGGUUUGAUGAGUGGUGUCUGCAGGUUCUGAGUAGAGAGAGAGUUACUGGACGCUGUUACUGGGAGGCUGAGUGGAGCGGAGAAAGAGCUGCUGUAGCUCUGAGUUAUAAAAUCAUCAGCAGGAAAGGAAACAGAUCAGACUGUGGGUUUGGAGAGAAUAUAAACUCCUGGAGUCUGUUCUGCUCUGAUAACAGAUACUCUGUUCAUCACAAUAAAAACAUAACUGUUCUCCCCACUCCUCCCUCCGGCUGUAGGAGAGUAGGAGUGUAUGUGGACUGUCCCUCCGGCACUCUGUCCUUCUACAGAGUCUCCUCUGAUACACACACACCCUCACACACACAGUCACACACUCUCUCACACUUACACACAUUCUACACCACCUUUACUCAGCCCCUCUGUGCAGGGAUUGGGGUUGAUUAUGGCUCUUCAGUGACUCUGUGUAAAAUAGCAUAACCCUGUGUAACAGAGUGUGUGUGUAGUUGUGUGUGUUUGUUAGGGAAGUUAAGAGGAAUUAGGAGCACAAGCUGUAUGAAUAUUUUUUUA